AUGUUCCUCAAGAUACAAGGACUGAAUGACGGUGUGAAGGAACUAUAUAAGAAUCAUCCCAAGCCACUCCCGGGCGAUGCUGGGUUCGACUUAUACUCCCCCGAAAGCAUCACCAUCAAAGCGGGCGAAACAAAAGCUGUCGACCUCCAGAUCAAGGCUAGCGCUCACAAAGACUCCCAAACUGCGGAGAGCAUACCAUACUUUAUAAUGCCGAGGUCAAGCAUCUCGAAAACACCCCUGAGACUCGCGAACAGCGUUGGUUUAAUUGAUGCCGGUUAUCGGGGCAACCUCAUGGCCCUGUUGGACAACAUUAAAGACACUGAUUACACUAUUGAAAAGGGUCAACGCCUCCUGCAAGCGGUUGCUUUUGACGGUAGUCAAAUAUCCUUCGAGCUGGUUGAGCAGCUUUCCACCACGGUUCGUGGAGAAGGCGGCAUUGGAUCAACCGGCCGAUAA